AAAAAGCAAGUAGAAUUAUUCUGCAGUUUUUGUCUUCGCCAACAUGGAGACUCCUCUACUGAGUUGUGUUUAUAUGUUGCUGUUGGUGGUCAUCUGUAAUGGGUUCAAUGUCCAGGGUCCAUCUGAUCCUUUCAUUAUCCAGCUGGGAGGCUCAGUGAUGCUGCCCUGCUUUGUAGACACUCCUCUACCAAUGGAAGAACUGGAAGUGGAGUGGAAAAGAAAUGACUCUGAAACUCUAGUGCACUUGUGGCAGAACGGAGAGAGUCGACCAGAGUCUCAGAACCAGCAUUAUCAGGAAAGAGCUCAUUUCUUCACUGAGGAGAUCAUUCAUGGAAACUUCUCUCUCUUCCUUACAAAUGUGACCCGGGAAGAUGUAGGAGUUUAUAAGUGUGUUGUUUACACAAACAUGGACUAUAACAAAACUCUGAUUGAAAUAAAGGAGAUUGAGCACUUGAUUGUGUCUGGAGCCCACGUUAUAUCUGCAUAUGCAGGUGAAGAUAUCACUCUGAAUUGCUCUGUAGACUCACAUAUCCCACCAGAAAAUAUAGAAGUGUCAUGGAAAAAAAUGGAUGAAGAUAUCUUAGUGCUGCUCUAUCAAGAUGGUGUGGUCCUGACAGAGUCAUCACAUGAGAGAUACAAAGACAGAGUAGAAUUUGUUGAAGAAAGAAACAAAGGAAACUUUUCAAUGAGACUGAAGGAUGCCCAAACUGAGGACAAAGGGCUGUAUAUGUGUUUUGCAUUCUGUGGGGAAUUGUCAGAUAACACAACAGUGGAAGUGCUGCCACUGGAUUUUUCCUCUACGCAUAUUGGAAUUUUUCUUUUAUGUAUACUUGGAUUUGUAAUUGGAUCACUUGUCCUAGGCUACCGAUCCUAUAUAUUGUUUAAGAACAAUGAUGACAGCAGUAGAGCCCUCGCUAUAAAGUGUGCACAUGUCCUUUGUCCUAAUAUUACUAUGUUCAUGGUCUUCAUCCUUUGGGGUGUUACUGAGGGGUCCUUUACUGAAGCAGCAACUUGUGCAGCACUUAAUUUUGCUAGGAUCUUUUUCCUGCUUUGGAUUGCUUUCCAUCUGAAAACAUUUCAAGAUUCUUCUCACCUAUUAAUUAACUGCUUGGCAAUUCCUCUACAAUAUACUGUGAUAAAUGUUGUUGCUAAUUCAUCUAUUAUUGUGGAUGUCUGGUAUAAAGUAAACACUGAAGCAAAAAUAGUGAUUCUGACAACCCUGCUACUGGGGCCGUUUCUGCCUCUUCUGUAUGUUAUUGUUAUAGGGUGCUGCGGAGGAACUCUGCAAAAACAAACUUACAUGAGUUACAUACUUACAGAAUUCAGCAAUAUUCUAAGAAUAUUUCCUAUGAUAAUGAUGCAUCUGCAUCAUCCAAGCAAUAUGAUUGUGGUUGGAUUUUCACUUUUGGCGUUUAUUUGGUUUUUGUGUCAUGAUAUUUGGAAAUUUCCAUUUUUAAUCUGGAUAUCAGUGCUGAUGAUCCUGGAGGUUCUAAGUGCAUCAGAGUCAAUCUACAGCCAUUAUGUUGUGGUGAAUAAUACGACAGAACGUGACGCAUUGACAUGUGUGACUGCAUUCCUCCACAUCUUGACUAUGAUGACACUGUUUACAACCCUAAAGAGCCUAGCAGAAUCCGACUCCACAAACACUAGGACACAACAAUCUUUAUCCUAUUUGGUUGUGUACAUGUUUGGUACAGCAUUGGUUGUUUUUGUGAACACUGUUGCAUUAUUAGUAGAGCUGAUCCUAAAAGCACGAAAUGGUCAGCAUACAGUGGAUCUGCGAGUUAUUCUCCUACCAACUGAAUGUGUCUUUGCCAUGUGCUGCCUUGCUUUACAAAUUUCUGAUUUCUGGAUGGAGAACAGAGAAAGAUUUAGAAAAGACAAAGACAGGCUGUGUGGGUGUAAACAGAUACAGAGGAACUCACCUUCACACAAUCAUGAACAUGAACUCGAGGUUCUGGCUCCUGAAUCUGAGCCCUCAGGGUCUUAGCAGGUGAUGCAACAACAACAACAAAACCCCACAAGAUUGUGCCAGGUGCAAGUAAUGAAAUGCACAAAAUUCGGAAAAUUAAUCAUCAGGAAGUGUGACUGCCUCUAUAACAGCAGAACUUUUCGCAGCUUGGUGUCCUGGAUCAUUCAGGUGUGUCUAUAUCAUGCUAAGAAGAGAAGACACCAGCUCUGACCUGAACAGACUGAAUGCACUGGUUUGAUCACCUUAAGAUUUGUUUUAAAGUUGCUUGUAAUGUGUUAUAUUUUUAUGUUUGUAUUUUAUUUAUGUAAUCCUUUGUGUAAUGCCCUUCCUGUAGAAUAGUUUUAUUUUCCAGUUGCUUGAUAUUAUGACUGGAUUUAUUAAUUCAGAAGAAGAAGAACAACAACAACUUUAUUUAUCACAUGUACACUUAAGCACAGUGAAAUUCUUCUCUGCAUUUAACUCAUAUGAAACAGUGAACACACACAUGCACACACACAUACCCAGAGCAGUGGGCAGCCAUGCUACAGCACCCCAGGAGCAGUUGGGGGUUAGGUGCAUCACUCAAGGGCACUUCAGCCCAAGGCUGCCCCACGUUAACCUAACUGCAUGUCUUUGAACUGUGGGGGAAACCGGA